AUGGGCUAUAUCCUGGACGAGCGGUACUUUGGCGGAAUCAGCGGUACCAAGAAGAGAUGGAGGUAGUACGGGGGAACCAGCGGUACCAUGGUGAAAUGAGCGGCACUAUGGCGGAAUGGACGGUAGCAUGGCUGAACGGGUGGUGCGAAGGUCUGAAUGAACGAUACCCGAAACUGAAUUGGCGGCACCAGCGACUGAAUGAAUGGACUGCUCCUCUUCUGCGGCCACCGAGCCGUGAUGUUCGCAUUCCUUAUUACUACCCAUCAUUUGAUUGAAAUGGAGGAAAGCAUUCGAUGAGUAGGUGAAAUGAUUCAAUUCACGCAUGAAUAUGUAAAAACAAUUGCUGAUUACAUUUCAGAAAUAAUUUUUUUAACUUUAAUGUUUUUCAAUAGUAUUCUAUAGAAACGUCAAUGUUUGUUUACUUAUCUUGUGAUUUCUUGUUUACAAUCAAUUGUUCUCUGUAUGUGUUUCAAUUUCAAAUAAAUUUUCUUGUGUUCAAAAUGUCCGAAACAUAAUAAAACGUGUCCUUGUGGAAUAUAAUGAGUUUUACAGAAUAAUGCACUUUCUCGUUUGUCAGUUGAGCCAACAUUCAUCAAAGCGCAAACCCCUCCGAGCGGAAGGUUCACCUAAUUAAAAGCAGCGUUUUGAGCUAAUAGGAAAUAAGAAGAAGAGAAAGAGAGAAAGAGAAAGAGCGGGUGGGAGGGCGGAGUUCUGUUCUCAAACGCUGUUGCCCGGGCAACCACUAGCACCAGGCUCAUUACACGCAGAGACGGCGACAAGCCCACAUUACGUUGUUGCACUCGGCGAAUUCUAACUCGAUUUACUUACUCGUUCGCUUCUUGACUAUAUUUUUCUUUGGGUAGACUUCCCGCUGAUAGUUGAUGCCAUUGCAAAACGGGAGAACGACGAGCGCAAAGCCGGGCCGCUCCAAAUCGACGUCGUCGGUGACAGGUACGCUUUUUUUGCUUAUUUUGUCUGUGCUGAUUUUUCUGGAAAUUUUCCUAUCGCGUUCUCUAUUUCAAGGAUGCCUUCGCUCUCAUUUUUUCAUUUGAGUGACCAAACCCAACUUUUUUGUAUCUCAUCCCAAGGAAAAAAGGAACUCAUAUAUCUUAGCAAGCGCAGAUAUGAUGAUCAGGCUAUUGCGAAAUUCUUAUGAAAGAAGAGUUAGAGACGACAUCUAUUUCUAGGAAAAUUACCACCUGUCGUUUCGCAAGAGUCGCGUGAACGAGCGGAAGCUGUGAAAAAGGUAUUCGUCCAAUUUUCACAUUCUUGCCCUUUCAAACGCGUAUUCCAGGCAUUCGACAGACCAAAGACCGCUCAUCGCAACUCGAGACCACUGACAUCGAGUAAGAAAAGCCUGUUGAAUAAUAAACCUUCUAAUUUGUAAACCUUCAGCCUAUGCUCUGCCAUCAUUCGGAAAUGGGCGCCUUCCCACCGCUUCUAAGAACAUCAGAUUGAACGUGAAGCGAUCGAAUUCGGAAACGAGACCACUGCCGAAGAUUGAGUACGGCAGGUCUCCAAGCCGAGAAAAACUGGCGGAUCUUCGCGAUGAAUUGUUCCAAACGAAGAAGGUAAACGUUUCUGAAUGAUUCAUUAACUAUUGAUGCGAAUUUUGUUUGUCUCAGAAAGUGGCCGACUAUGAAAUCAACUUCAAGAAGCUGAAUACGGAAAUGCAGCGCAUAAAGAGAGACGCUGAGAAAAGGGAGACGUUUCUGGAGCGUAUUGUGACUGCGCAGGUGCCAAUUAGACUAGAGUACGUUUUAAAAUCAUACGUUUAGUAUCACCCAACGGAAUUGAACGACACUAAUUUGGCUCGAACUUUAACGUCAAUUAAGCGGAAAGAGAUGGCCAAGGAGAAUUUGAUUGACAUUCAGUACAAAGAGUUAGAGUGAGUUCACGACAUGGGCUCGGUCUGCAGAAAGUGUUAUUUUUGCAGACGUCUUCGAAAUCUUCUGAAAGUGAGUGACAUUCCCACGGAGCAGAAGCCAAUGUCACCUUUGGCACUGUCGGAAGUUCCCGAAUCAGCUUCCGGGGAAGAGUCGGAUUAUCCGGAAGGUCUGCCUUUAAGAUUCACAAAAUGAUUGGAGUAUUAUCUAUUUCCAGAACCAGAUCUAAUGAAAAGCAACGGAAUCCUUAAGAGAGUGAAGGAAACCGAUCAGCUGCCGAAAAGUCGCUCUGCUAAUGCGGAUGAGGACGGUGAUGAAGUGUUUGUGAAACCAGUAGUCAAGGAGACGGAGAAAAGCAGGGAAAGAAAUGCGUAAGUUGAGUGCCCCAAAUACUCGUGGGUGACACGUCAUGUUCAGAUUGGCGAAAAAGUAUGCGGAGCAAAACGCUCUUCUGAAAAAGAGACUGAAAGAAGUGAAGGAGAACUACGUGGCAAUGAUGGAGAAAACGAAGAAGAAAGGAGAGGAGUUUGUACGACAAAAUGAGAAUUCGAAAGCAGGUAAUGAGAGGUUUCCGAGGUGAAUAUGCCAAUAGAUUCAAUUAAAUUCAGUCGUGGAAAAGACCGUUGCAAUCACGAAUGCAUUAGAAAUGCUUCAGAAGGAAAGAGAAGAUUUGACGGAGGAAAAGAGAAAGAAUGAGGAGAAACUGAUGAUAUUGUCUCAAGAGUUGAGAGAGGCACACGGUGAAAUAGAUGCUUUAAAGUGAGAUUAAUAUAGUUUGUCCGCUCACAAACAGUUUCAGAAUGGAGAAUGAGAGUCUUCAGGACAAUAUUAUCGAUUUAGAGUCCAGAGUCGGAAAACUUCGCAUCGAGCCAGAUUACGAACCUAAUAUUCCUAUCAAGUGAACUAUCUAUCCAAUUAGUUAUCGUUAACGACAAUUCGUCGUUUCAGUAUUCCGCGUCUCGACAUGACUGAUAUUGACAAUACCGAGAAUGGUACGCUGCACGAAAGCACCGACCGAAGUCUAUCAUCGGGAGUUUCUGAGUUUGAUCACAGUCUUCUCGCGGGCGCGCUCGCAGAAUUAGCAGGAGCGCAUUGCGAAAGAUUGAAGCUGAUCACCCAACAAUAA